UGUGAUUCGAAGGUUGCUGUCUGAUGUAUACUCAUCAAUAUUCCCAGUUACAAGGUUUGUCUAGGACAUUUCAUUACUGUGAUACAGGUAAACUUACAAAACAGAAAGUGGGAGAAUUGAAUCACUGCUUUUUCUUCUGUAAGGUGUCUUGCUCACUGCUAGCAAAAAUGGCAGAGAGCAGCAUAAUCAUGGUUGCUGUUGAGACCUCUAAGCAAGUGAGCUAUGAACACCAGAAGUGAUUGGCACAGCUCCUGCUGCCUUGUGACACCUCGGGUGAUGAGAACCUUGAUGCCGUUUGCUGUGAAACGCCUCUCCUUUUCUCUGCCAAAGUCUGCCGAUGUGAUACCCACGGCAGUAGUCAGGGUUUCUUCAGGUGAGAUGCCUGCCCCUCUGGCAGAGACAGAGGUAGCUGAGCAGAAGAUGAGUGGAGGUAUGUGUACAUGGGUAGCGUUUGCACAAGCCGAUCAAACGUAGAUCUGUGGCUGCAAGCAUUCAGAAGUCCACAGUCUGCCUUGGGGAGCACAUAUAUUCUGAGACUCUUUGGUGAAGAAGCAACUCGAAUUGCAUCGGUGUUUUCAGUAACCCUGUUUAAUUGUGUUAGAGUGAUUUCUCAGAUCACUUUUUUGUGACUCAGUGCACAAGAAGAGGAAGUGGGGCUACCAAUUUGUUGAUACUGACGGGCUCCCAGUCAGAUGCUCCUCUACAGACUUCUUACCUUCUUUCCUUUGGUCAUAAAAGACAGAGUAGUGAUCGUGGGAAGACAAGAGCUGCUCUGGGCAUUGGAUUUUACACUGGACUGCAAGUCGGAGUGAAUAACCUGCUCUUCCUGACAGCUGGACAACGAUGGAGACUCUGUCCCAGGACACUCUGCUGGAAUGUCAGAUUUGUUUCAAUUACUACAGCCCUCGGCGGCGGCCCAAAUUACUGGACUGCAAACAUACCUGCUGCUCCGUUUGCCUGCAGCAGAUGAGAAGCAGCCAGAAAGACCUGCGGUGUCCGUGGUGCCGAGGAAUCACUAAACUGCCCCCUGGAUUUUCUGUCUCCCAGUUGCCAGAUGACCCGGAGGUCAUUGCCGUGAUCGCAAUACCCCACACGUCCGAGCACACGCCUGUCUUCAUCAAACUUCCUAGCAACGGGUGCUACAUGCUGCCCUUGCCCAUCUCCAAGGAGCGGUCACUAUUGCCAGGAGACAUUGGCUGCCGCCUUUUGCCAGGCAGCCAGCAGAAGUCUCUCACUGUGGUGACAAUACCAGCUGAGCAGCAGCCCUUGCAGGCUGGGGUCCCACCAGAUGCGGGAGAGGAGGAGCAAGACAGGAGGGGUAUUGUGAAAAGCUCCACCUGGUCAGGCGUUUGCACCGUCAUCCUGGUGGCCUGUGUCCUGGUCUUUCUCCUUGGUAUUGUCCUCCACAACAUGUCAUGUAUCUCCAAGCGAUUCACUGUGAUCUCCUGCGGCUGAGGAAGGUUGCAGUGGCAAUACUCCGAUGGGCUAAUUUUAGGGGUGUGGAAGGGUGGUUAUGGUGUGGGCAGGAAGCCAUGCGAUGAAGCACUGUUAUGUGGACCGUUCUGCAGUACUGAGUCAUUGACACUGGGCAAGCCAGCUGAUAGUUCAGAAUCUGCUGUAAAAAGUAGGACAGUGAGACCUGUUGGUAGAGAAUGGGGCAUGUCCAAUGCUUAUCUGCUGGUAGCAGUAUCAAGGAAGACUGCAUGCAUCACCAUACUCACUUAACAAAUGAGCUGUAAUUUAUAAUGAUUUCAUCAUGUUACGAGAUUAAAGAUGUCUGUUUAGCUGGUUCUGCUGUACAAGUAUAGGACAUGAUCUCUCUCUCUCUCUCUCUCUCUCUCUCUCUCUCUCUCUCUCUCUCUCUCUGUGCGUGUGUCUCUCAACCGAAUAGUUGAUUUGCAAAUCAAAAUGCUAUAUGUUAAAGUAGAAUUAAACAUCAAAAUUAAGAAAUUCAAGUUACCUAGUACUUUUCCAGGUACAAUGGAAACAUAAUUCUCUUUGAUUUUAAACAACAACUGGGGAAAUUGUGAAAAGUAAAGUAGUCCUUUAGUUCAUGAGGCUUUUGUAUCUUUUAAAUUGCACAUUAAUUAAAAUGGUUUUAAAAAUCUG